ACAUGCAUGCCACAUGCGAUGAUUUUUUUGGAGGAGUUUUAGUUUAUUGCUUUGUGAAUAAUAAAUAAUAUGUUGUAAAGUCCAUUAAAUAAAUAUUAGAGUGGAAAUAUAGUUAUAGCAAGACUGUUCGAGACGAAAUAUGAUUGAGAUGGUAAUAGAGACGGAGGGUCUCAAGAAGGAGAUCGUAUCAGAGUUGCUAAACCUCGGCGUAUGCGACAAAUGCACGCUCAGAUACCUCGGCGUCAAGGACCCCGUCGUAUACAGGAAUACCGCGUCCAUAAAAACGAUACUUGGAGGUCUUUCCAAAAAGGAGGAUGACGAUGAUGUUGCAGACGUUGACAUUGACAACGAAGAAGGGACUGGCUUGCCUCCAGCAAAACUGUUGAAAUGUAACCCUUGUGCGGCAUGUCUUGGAUUAUUACAGUCAUGCGUCGAGGAAUCAUUUUUAGAUCAUAUUGCUGAUGACAUUAAAAAGGCAGGAAUUGAAUCUUCUUCAUAUGCACCAGUGCUGACUUUGCCAAUCAGUUUGCAGAUACGGGCCCAGUCCAUCUGGUUUCAUUUAAUUGACAAAUUUCCACAAGUUUAUAAAUCUUUGCAAUACAUGAAACCGGAAGGAAUUUCAAUGAAGACGGUGUGGAAAUGGAUUUCUACAAUGGAUCUGAAACAGAAAGUGGAUUCGAAAUCGGAAUGGAUGACCAAUGGAGAUCUCGUGAUUAAUAUGUUUUUGCAGUACAAGGAUGAAGAUCCUGAAUGUCUUCCGAUGUUUAAAUUGUUAAGACAGAGAAACAAGAGGGCCGAACUCACCCGGGGGGCAGUGGAGCAAAUGUUUCAUUCAAUGAAUAUAGAAACUUUUCAUACGCACUUCAAAUGUCCUCCACCAAUUCCAACUAAUCAGCUCGUUUUGGACAAACUCGCCUGUUCUCACAUGGCAUUGUUUAUUGCAGGUCGAUACUGUAAGUACUCGAGGGAUGUUAGUCAGUCACCGUGGUUGGAUUUGGAAGGGAAACGAGUUCGUGGGGAAGGUUCAGUACAAGAAUACAUUACGGAACACGUUACGCCCAUUUUCAACUGUGAUACUUUACGUUUUUCUGCUUCCGGCAGGGAAGACAGUGAUGUUAGGAUGCUCGGGAAAGGCCGACCUUUUGUAGUGGAACUAAUAAACCCCAAAAAGACUAUUUUUACCCCAAAUCGAAUUAAAUUACUGCAGAAAACCAUUAAUGAAAGCACAUCACUAAUCUCGGUUCGAGAUUUGCAAAUUGUUGACAAAAAGGCAGUUACCUAUCUUCGAGAUGGCGAACUAACAAAAAAUAAGUUGUACACUGCUUUAUGCAAAUCAGAUGGUCGGGAAAUUACAGCCGAGAUGUUGCAAACACUAAACGAAACUAAAACACCAAUAGUUCUCCAGCAAAUUACACCGCUGAGGGUUCUUCAUAGAAGAUCACUUAUUACUCGUCCCAGAAGUAUUUUGGAACUAAGGGCUGAACCAGCAUCUAACCAGUCCAAAGACAUGUUCAUUCUACAUGUCAAAACGGAGGCCGGGACUUAUGUUAAGGAAUUUGUGCAUGGAGAUUUCGGACGCACAGAUCCUAGCAUUUCUGAUUUACUUGGAUUUCCUACAGAAAUUAUGGCAUUAGAUGUUACAGAAGUGGAGCUUGACUGGCCCCCUGAAAUAAAGGACUGAGCAAAUCCGGAUUUGAUUAUUAUAUUCUUAGAAUUUUACUUUAUUUUUGUGCUUUUAUAACAGUUAAUAUUAAACAAUUUGUGUAAGACAGCGAUGCUAUCCGACCGAUGAGAAUUACAAUGCUUGAAGUACA